AAUCACGAAACGAGUUUGGGGAGACGCUGUGCGCUGGCCUUGCGCUGUCUGUCCCUCGAGGGAGAAGGCCAUUUUGUGUGCCGGUGAGACGCUGAAGGGGUAGCGAAGUGAUAGUUUUUUGCGCCGUGUUUCUUAAUUUUACUCAAGAUUCUCUAUCAACCAGCAAUGGAAGAUUUGCAGGGGACUGCAAUUCCUCAAGAUGCCCUAUCCGUCGCGCAGUUGGAGUUAGGAGGGAAUCCAAAUGCCUUGGCAAUAAGAAGGCCGUUCGAUCCUGAGGCACAUGAUUUGGACGCAUCUUUCCGUCUGACACGUUUUGCUGAUUUAAAAGGAUGAGGGUGUAAAGUCCCCCAGGAGGUUCUAGCGAAACUCUUGGAGGGACUACAGCAAGACGAAAAUAAUGCCCAGGACGAACAUGCCCACUUUAUGCAUUUGGCGGUUCCCAGAAUCGGCAUUGGCAUGGAUUCCUCCGUGACUCCUCUGCGCCACGGGGGGCUGUCGCUGGUGCAGACCACAGACUUCUUCUACCCGCUGGUUGAUGACCCCUACAUGAUGGGCAAGAUAGCGUGCGCCAACGUGCUGAGCGACCUGUUUGCGAUGGGCGUGACGGAGUGCGACAACAUGCUGAUGCUGCUGGGGGUGUCGACCAAGAUGACGGAGAAGGAGCGCGACGUGGUGGUGCCCUUGCUCAUGCGAGGCUUCAAGGACUCCGCCCUGGAGGCGGGCACCAGCGUGACCGGGGGCCAGACGGUCGUCAACCCCUGGUGCACCAUCGGCGGGGUCGCCUCCACCGUCUGCCAGCCCAACGAGUACAUUGUGCCGGACAACGCGGUGGUGGGCGACGUGCUGGUGCUGACGAAGCCGCUUGGCACGCAGGUCGCGGUGAACGCCCACCAGUGGCUCGACCAACCGGAGCGCUGGAACCGCAUCAAGCUGGUGGUGUCGGAGGACGACGUGCGCAAGGGCUACCAGCGCGCCAUGGACUCCAUGGCGCGCCUCAACAAGAUUGCGGCCCGCCUCAUGCACAAGUACAACGCGCACGGAGCGACGGACGUCACCGGGUUCGGUCUGCUGGGGCACGCACAGAACCUCGCGCGCCACCAGAAGAACGAGGUCUCCUUCGUCAUCCACAACCUGCCCGUCAUCGCCAAGAUGGCCGCCGUCGCCAAGGCGUGCGGCAACAUGUUCCAGCUGCUGCAGGGCCACUCGGCGGAGACUUCCGGCGGGCUGCUGAUCUGCCUGCCGCGCGAGCAGGCCGCGGCCUACUGCAAGGACAUAGAGAAGCAGGAGGGCUACCAGGCCUGGAUCAUCGGCAUCGUGGAGAAGGGCAACCGCACGGCGCGCAUCAUCGACAAGCCGCGGGUCAUAGAGGUGCCCGCCAAGGAGAAGGACGGGGAGCUGUGGUAGCCCCGGCCGUCGAGUGUCCGAUUUUGUUUCAUGUAUUUUGAUAUAGUUUGAUUAAACAAGAUAGAAUUUUUUUUUUAAAUGAUAAUUGGCUAUUUCCCCCACUCGUGGUUCAGCAGUGGUGCAGCACUUUACAAUUGGACGGUCUCCGGGUUAAAAGGUAACAAGUCAAGAAUUCACUUUUUUGCAGGAGAAACAAAAAAAAAGUCGGAUAAAAAAUUGAAUUUAAAUACUUAAAUAAAUUUUUCUUGGCAUUUUUCUUUUAUUUACCAACAUAUUUACCAAUGAUUAAAAAUGCAUUACAUAUUCUAAGUAUACUUAGUUGUUUAUUGCUGGAAUAAACUAAAAAAAAAUCACCCAAAAUGUGACUUGUUACCUUUUACCCGGAGACUCCGAUUAUUUGUCAAUGCUUCUGCGACAGAUAGUUAACAGUUUUUUUUUAAAGAGGAGAGGUCUGUUUGUACAUAGCUUUGUUGUCAGCCCUCAGGAUGUUUCGAGAGGUUUCGUGCCAUCUCGACAUUUCUUAUAUGCUAAUGCAUAUACUUUUCUCAAAAGUUCAACUGGUACAGUCAUCUCGUGGGCAAAUUCUGUGAAUAUGGGCUUAAUGCUGGCUUGUUGCAGUACGUUGCCCUCCAUCGCUUGUGUCAUAGUUGACUGCUAACUGCCAAUAAGCAUAUAGUAUUACAGCUGCCUGUCAUAACCAUGUCUGUCAUAUAAUUGUAUUCUAAAGUUCAGUUACUGUACCAUUUUUUUUAUAAAAAAACUUUGUGCUCUGUAAAAACAUUUUUUGUACUAACAAAUAAAUGCUGUGCUCAGCUGUUUUCUUUUUAUAUAUAUAAGCUCUGCAUCUCUGUACAUUAUUCUUCAGGCAGAUGGGCUGAAUUACAGAAGUUGUAACUGCAAUGCUAAGAUAAGUCCCAGAGAGUUUUAACUAGGUUUACACAUAGUUCAUUUGUACAUGCCAGUAACGAUACAGUGAAUGUGUGUGCAGAAAUGCUGUCUGCCCGGCAUGAACAACAUGUUGCAUGUACGCAUGCCUGCGUCACGACCAAGUUGUUAUGAACCUCAUUCAAAUUUCACUUAGAACCUCUAAAUAUCAUUGUUUUUUGUUUGCUAAGUUGUAUUGGUUCAAAAUUAUUUAAACUAAUAAUGCUGUAAGCCAAUUGUUAUAGUUUCGGAAUUUGUGAUUAAAGACCUGUUUGAACAAUAGUGGCUAAUGUGCAAUAAUGAUAUAAAUUUUACCGUGCUGAAGUGUAAUGUGAAUAUCUUGUUUCCAUUCCAGCCUUUUAAUGUUUUUAAAGAAUAAUUUCUAAAUUUUGGCUUGGAUUGUAGCCUAUUCUUAUUUAUAUUGGGUGUUUGGAUUAGUGUCUGAUGUCGGGCCGGUAGUGUUUUUGCAUGCCAUGCUUCAUGUGCAUUGAAGCAGGCAAAGUAUGUGCGUGCUGCUGCUUCGAGAAAGUUACAAUCAUGGCAUGUUUUCAAAAACACUUGCUCCAUGCAACACAUGUCCACCUACCUGAGAUUCUAGGACUGUUGUUCAUGUGCUGUUGUAUAUCUGCUUCCACCUCGCGGUGAUCAUUUGUAAGCGAGGAUCAUCAAUAAAAUACUAUCAUUGCGAA